GGUGGGCGUGUGCGGCGGCAGAGUCGGCUGGUGAUGGCGGAACGAGGAGGAGGAGGAGGAGGAGGCGGCGGCGGCGGCGCGAGUGGCGGAGCAGGCGGCGGCGGCGAAGGGGACGCUGGGGCGGCGGAGCGGUACAACAAUGAGAUGAGGUAAGGCCAAGUCCUCCUCCGGGAAUGGCGGCGGGCGGGGGGAAGGAAGGGGUUGGCAGGAGGAGCCGGGAGCACGAGGCCUUUUGUGAGCGCGCGCGCGAGGGAGAGAGAGAGCGAGCGCAGGGGGCACGAGCGCCCUUCCCGCUCCGCUUUCGCGGCGCCGGGCCCGCCCCCCUCCGUCCUUUCGUCUCGAGGCGGAAGCGGCCGUUCGGCCUCCGCUCCCUCACGGGGCUCCCCCCCCCGGCCCGCCCGCCCUCCCGCCCUUCACCUCAAGCCUCGCUCCUCCCCUGGUGAGAUUCCCGCUCAGCGCCCCGACCGCUUUAAACCGCCGUUAUUCCAGAGUAGUACCGUCUCCAUGCUCGCUUAUUUAUUUAUUUAUUUAUUUAUUUCCAACGGCUCUUCAGCCUUGGGGACGGGAUGCCCGUUUUGUCUGUUGGCUGCUCCCCCACACGCAGCCGCCUUUUGCCAAUGGCGGCUCCCGGACACACGCUGACGUAUCAAGAGCGGCGGGCGGGCGGCCGAGGAGAUGCGUGGUUCCCUCUUCCCCAGUUCCUUCUUGAACUGGCGCCUCAGCUGGGGGCCGCGGCUCAGUAGUAGUUGAGAGCGCAUGCCUCUAUGUGCAUGUGGAAGGCCUCAGUAUUUCAGCAGGAAAGAGGAUCUGAGGAAGGCAAGGGGAGGAAAUAAAACAACCCUUGCAUCUGCAGCAGAUACCUGUUAAAUCUAUUCUGUGCAGAGUUAAAUGAAGCCGGGGGCUGCCUCAAGUGUAAGGCAGGAUUUCAUAUGUUCAUGUAACCAGACUGCAUUGAGGAGGAGAAGCCCCUCAGGGUUCUGUGUGUGUGAAAAACUUGAACUUGAAAUGCAAGCGUAGAAGGUUGUCCGGAUCACAUCUAAAGUUUUAUCCAAAUAACCAGAAGGAAUACUUCACUUGUUAACAGUGGUCCUGCCUAAGGACACGUAGGAAAUACCGUGAAGCUGACAUGUGACAUUAAUAUAGGGUUGUGUUUUGCAUGGUACGCUUCUGGCAUCCAUGUGUUGGAAAGCUGUGUCGAAUGGCAGCUUCCCAACAUAUGGAUGCAGAGCAAAACACAUGUAUGACGAUUUUCCGUACAUGGAAAUACUUGUGUGUUUAUUAUUAAAGUCAUUUCUGUACUGCUUUGUAUUCCUGGAAAAAGAAUCUGUAAGGGGUUUGCAACUUUCCUCAAAGCUUCAAAUGAAAUACAGUAAAGAUCCACCAUUUAAAGCAACGUAAUUAACAGAAAAAUAUUAUUUGUAAACAUUAAGAAAUUACAAGUAAAAAAAUUCAAAUAUGAAAAAUGUACAUAUUAAGCAUAAUUAGUGACUAAUUAUGCCACCACCCCAGCCCUCUUCCACUUAAAACAUAUGAAGCAGCCCAGCUUAAAGUGGGAAAUCUGUACUUGUCUGUGUUGCAGCUACGUGAAAAAGAAGACAGGGCUGCUUCACCUUCAAUAGUCAUGCAGAAGAAAUAAUUCCAGCAGCUGGUGAAAGUCUUUUGCACUUCUAUUAAAGGUGCAGGUGUCCAGUUCGCUCUUUCACCCAGCUCCCCUGCUUGCAUAUACUGCAUCUUUGGUAAUUUGCAACAAUCAUAAGAGUAGUGGAAAAACUCACCCAAAUAGUAUUUUUAACUUCUAGUGUUCAUAGCAGCAGUCUCUAUUCCAAUUUAAUUGUUGUGCAUCAUAAGAAAAAGGCAUUGUCCUUUUGAAAUGGCCCAUUAUGACAAACAAAACAAGGCCUGACUAUGCAUAUAUAGUGGACUUGGUACUCUUAGGCCCAGGCUGUUUCUCCAGUCUGUUGCAGCAGUGGUGAAAGCAGUGAGGAUUUAGAGAUAAGAAGCCCUCAAUCCAAGUUGUAGCCAGCCUUUAUUCUCCCUCUUACUCCAGACUUUGGGUAGAUGGCCACAGUAGUGGAUACUGGAGGUAGAGGGGGGGCAGGAAGACCCCUAUCACACUAGAAUACUGUGCUCUUUAGCAGGCCGCAGACCUUCCUCCUCUCAGAAACCUCUAGAGGAGGCUUUUAUGUUCAGUAUGAAUUGAAAUGAAAUAACUUAUAUGUCUCAGAAAUACUAAAAGUUUUGCUUUCUCUUGGAUUCUGCCAAUUUGUCCUUCCCAGGAUGGAUGUGGGCAACCAGUUUUUCCCAUACACACAUGCAUGGCAGAAAACUUUUCAGAGCUUUAUUUUUCCGCAUAAUAUUUUCCAUUUCACAAGUUCAUUAUUAUCAAAUAAUGGAGGCCAAUUGCAAAUUCUCAUUACCUAUGCAUGUGCUGUGAUAAAAUUCUAUCAGUUCUGUAGACAAUAUUUUUCCAGAACUGGCAGAAUACCUUCCUUAGUGAAAGUGUUCAGUCUUGGCACCCCUAUUUAUAAGAUAUAUUUUAAAUGACUUAUAUUUUACAUGUACAAAAUACAUGCACAUUGUGUCAGUUUACAUAGCUGCAUUGUGGCUUUUUGCUUUUAAAGUGAGCUGUGAUAGGAAAAGUUCAGGCCCAAACUUGCUUGAGUUCUAAAGGCAUAACCUGAAAUCCUUACAUGUGUGCAUCCUUUGUAACUCAUGCAAUAUGCAUAUAUUAUGUACUCUUAAUAGCUUUAUCACAGAAAAAAAUCUGCUGUGGCUCUUGACCAUCUGAGUGGAGUUGGCAGUGGCCACUGAGUGUUACAUCACAAAUUUACGAGUUAUAUACAACAAUAGAAUUCUUAAACACCUCUGUGCUAUGCAACUUCCAAAAUUAGAAGGUUGAAUAUUAAGUGUUGAAUUAUUUGUCUGUUGUCGUUCACCACCUUAUAACCUUUGUUUUUUUCAAUUUUGAGUCAUCAUGCCAACAUUGGUAUUGCACUGGCACUAAAUGGUGGGCAAAAUUGUUUUCCUGAGAGCAUCAGAAGAGCGUUUGUUGGUUGCAAAGGUGAACGUUUUUUCUAUAUAUACAUUUACUAAGCUACCUCUGUAGAGGGCUGGGUGGCACAGUGGGGAUAGCAUUCCCAAAUUCUGAUUUAGGCUACAAGUGAAAAGGAUGUAGAUGUUCCCAUCCAAGUGUGUGGUGUGCACCCAUUCACAUUAUGAAACUAUUGGGUGCUUUGGUAUUUAUUAAAAUCAGUUGUCCAUGUCUUGGAUAUAUAUAAAUACAGGAGAGAUGUGGGUAUUGCACCUUGCGUUUGAGGUGACUUGUAUUUAGGCUUGUGGGAGGGAAGCUUGUGCAGUGCCUUUCCAUUUGAAGUAUCCCCAGUCUAGAUACUGCUUUCUAAGUCAUUUAAAUUGUGAGGACAAAGUCUCCCAAACAGUUUGGGGUUCAUGAUAACUUUGUCACAAUGUUUUGGUUCACUUGUAACACCAAUUCCCUUCUGUUGAUCAAAUAAUUUGAAGACAAAACUGUUCAUUUUGGUUUGCUCACAGAAUGGCUCAACAGCAAGCACUGAGAUUUCGUGGACCAGCUCCUCCACCAAAUACUGUCAUGAGAGGCCCACCACCUCUUAUGCGCCCACCUCCACCUUUUGGUAUGAUGCGAGGCCCUCCACCACCACCCCGGCCUCCUUUUGGACGUCCUCCAUUUGAUCCAAAUAUGCCUCCAAUGCCACCCCCAGGAGGAAUUCCUCCACCUAUGGGACCUCCACAUCUACAGGUAAAAAUAUGUAAGAGAUGAGGACAGUAUCUCUUUCUGCAUGUCCCCCAAAUAUGCUCUGGAUGGUUGGGAGAACCUCCAGAACAGUUCUGGGAGGCAUGCAAGGGGAGGAGAGGCUGGGAAAGUUCUGUUGUGUUUGGGGAAGAUGUUCUGUGCAUGCAGUGAUUUAGUUGGAUACAUCCCAUAAGGACUUAUUUCUGGAUAGAUUUGGUUAGUUAUGAAGGCACUGUGAAUUUGAACAUCCCUUGUAAUAUUUUUACUCUUGCAUAUGUUUGUAGAGACCACCUUUCAUGCCUCCUCCAAUGGGAAAUAUGCCACCACCUCCUGGUAUGAUGUUUCCUCCAGGGAUGCCACCUGUCUCUGCCCCUGGAACACCAACAAUGCCACCUACUGAAGAGAUCUGGGUAGAAAACAAAACUCCAGAUGGAAAGGUAAGAUUUUUCCAUAGUAACAAUAGUAAUACCGUAUUUUUCGCCCUAUAAGGCGCCCGCUGGGCGUGCAAGGCUUGCGGAUAGCUUCCUGAAGCGUGGAGAGCCAGAGGGGUCGGUGCGCACCGACGCCUCUCGCUCUCCAGGCUUCAGCGAAAGCCUGCAUUCGCCCCAUAAGACGCACACACAUUUCCCCUUCAUUUUUGGAGGGGAAAAAGUGCGUCCUAUAGGGCGAAAAAUACGGUAAUUGUUGUCUUGCUGCACUGAAGAUACAACAAUCCUGGUGGGAAAGGCAGAAGGUGUGUAUUUGAAGUUUUCAGAUUGGCACCACAGGGGGGUCUGAAUUGUUCCCCUCUUUGGUAAAAGGACCAGCCCAGGGGCCUAGUGAUUCCAUGGCUGGCCCUGCUCUGCAUGCCGCACCUUGAUUUGGGGCCCCAUGUCAUGGAUAACUUCACAACUGCCCACAGUUUUGGCAGGCACAGUGGUAACCUUUAUGGCAGCAGAAUCCCCUGCAGGAUCGUGCUCAGUGGAUGGACACGUCUGAAGAAUCCCAACCCCCUCUAGCAGCAUUGAUCAGGGGAUUAGGCUUGCAUCCUUCGCAAUCUUAUUUGUUAAGGUGGUUGUGUAGUAUUGUAAAGCCUUCAGAAUACUAAGAAAAAUUUCUCACAAUUAUAUUGAUUUUGAGAGUUUUAUCAGGUAGGAAUCUGAAAGGUGAAUGGAAAAACUAGGUUAUGUACAGUAGCAUAAAAUUGUCUUUUUUGCCUCUAGGUUUAUUACUAUAAUGCACGGACACGUGAGUCAGCAUGGACCAAACCUGAUGGAGUGAAAGUUAUUCAGCAGUCUGAACUGACACCAAUUCUUGCUGCUCAGGCCCAGGCUCAAGCCCAGGCCCAGGCUCAAGCCCAAGCUCAAGCUGUAGGUGGUUCCACACCUACUACUAGUAGUCCUGCAUCAGUAUCUCCAUCUCCAUCAUCAAAUAGUCAGUCGUCUACAACGUCUACUAGUACCACAACGACGUCUGUUUCACAAACAGUUUCCAGUAAGUAAAAUUGCUACUGAGUUUAAUAUUAAAUUAUUGCACCACUUGGAGGUGCUAUAGGAUUCUAGAAUGCUUACAGUCUGAGUUAUAGAGGGAAAUAUUGAAUAUACAGUAUCUGCAUUAUUCUGUGGCCAUGCAUAUGCGGAAGUGUUUCAAAAUUUUGCUUUGUAUUACAAAGUGUACCUUCACUCUGCAAUGGUACAGUGUAGUUUCCUUGUUCUUUAUUUUGACUAGGAGCAAUGUAAGUUCCUAAUACAUCAGUUGUUCAAAUGACUUUAUUUGCUGUUUGAUGAAUCAACAGAAAACUCAUGCCACUGCUCUGGAGGUUUGUUAGGUGCAUUUUAUGGAAAAUGUGGAAAUGAAAUAAAAUCUUAAUCCUUUGAAGAAAGCUGAAAAAACCCAUUAUCAGCUAUUUUCAGAAAUUUGCCUAGGCUGUUUGAGGUGAGUGUGCGUGUGUAUGGUAAAUUUUUGCAGCUGCAGAGAUUAUUUCAUUAUUUGAUCCUUGCAGCAGAAACCUCUUGGUGACUCCACUAGCAGAGCACCUUGGUAAUCUUGGCAUUAAGAUUGAAGUUUAUACUAAAAUGAAAUAACUUGCAAGUUCUUAAGUGGCCUCUCUCUGUAAACUGUGCAUAGUUUUGUAAAUUACUUAUGAGAGAAUAAUGAACUUGGCAUUAUUUACAAGGGAAUCUUGGUGAAUCGUAUUAAACAUGGAGCUUAUACAUGUAUGAUAUAGGGUUUUGGAUGUUUGUUCUCUUUAUCAGCACCUACAACACAAGACCAGACCCCCAGCUCAGCUGUUUCAGUUGCCACACCUUCAGUCAGUGUUUCAACCUCUGCUCCUUCUGCUACAUCUGUGCAGACUGUACCCCAGCCAGUCCCACAGACUUUGCCUCCUGCAGUACCUCAUGCAGUACCUCAGCCGACAGCAGCAAUUCCUGCUUUCCCACCAGUAAUGGUACCUCCAUUUCGUGUUCCUCUUCCUGGCAUGCCUAUUCCACUUCCAGGUAAAUUGAGAUACUAUGACUGUCUUGCCAGCCACAUGUCCAUGUUGUCAAUUUGUUUGCACUCAUGUGUCUACUGUGUAUGGAAUUUGCCUGAAUCCUCUUCAUUUAAAAUAUAUUCUUCAACAAAUUUGGAGUUAGCUGACAGGCUUUUUAGAGUAAAAAAAUAUAUUCCAGAAUUUAUUUUUAUUGGCAAGAAGUCAUGUUAAACCCUUUUUUUUGGCAUGAAUACAUAUUAUACUUCAAACACAAUUUAUUGGUUUAACAGUUCAUGGUUGGAAGAAAUUCACCUUGUCUUUGUUACUUAAGCUGCAAUCCUAUACACACGUACCUGGGAAUGCUUCCUUCUGGGUAGACAUGCUUAGGAUUGCACCCUAAGAAUGUGAUACUAGGCUUUACUGACUUUAAAAUAAGUGAUGUCUUGGUAGAAGUAGACUACUGUCUUGAAGUAAAUAGCUGCUUUGGUGAAUUAACUCUUAUCAAACUGGUUAAUUACCUAUACAAGCUCUUCAAAACAUUAGUUGUUGAGUCACAUAUUACAGUGCAGCUAUUAAUGUAUGCAUAUUUGUAAUUGAUAGAGUAAAACUGACUGAGUGCAAAAGAAAUACACUUUAGUUGUUACCUUGCCAAGUGGUAAUUACCAGAUGGAAUCAGUAAACUUUCAUUGAAGGACAGUAUAAAAUGAAUUAAUAAAUUCAAAGAUAGGGUUUAAUUAUCUGUCAGUGCAAAAAAGUUCAAAUCCAUGGUGCCACCUAUGGUGUCCUCCCUUUCUUGCCAUCACUUGUACCCCUAGAAUGUAAAGACAGACUGUGUUGCAGACAGGGAGAGGAUUUGGUGGUACUCACAUACACAAGUACUUUUUGGCCGGGCCAUAUAGCUUCAUUCUGAAAUUGGAAUAAUUUCAGUCCUAUAUGGUUGAAGACAGAAUCUUGGACCUAUGUGGGAAGUGUGUUUGAAAAUUUGCUAGAAUAUAAUAACUACUGUGGUCUAUUUUAUUUUUUAUUUAUAAAAAUUUCUAUACUGCUGUUCAUUUGAGGAUCACAGCACAGUUUACAAUAUAAAAACAAAAAAAUGCAUAGUAACAAACAAAAAGAAUACUCUCCUCCACCCCUGUUUAAAAGGCUGUUGUGUUUAAGCCCUACUUAGGAUUCUAGCAUUACCAGGAUUCUUAAGUCACCUCAGCUGACUGAAAAAAGGUUAACUUUUUAUAAAAGCUACAUCUAGUGCCAGUGACAUAUGUGGGCAUUUAUACAAAGAUAUGUUUUUCAAAUUCAUGAAACUCUUAGUUUGGCUUCAGUGCUACUGGCCAAGUUGCCUGUCUUAAUAGUGAAACCUCUGAGAUCUUAAAAUAUACAUUAUGAAAUUCCAAUAGUUAUUCUGAAAAGUAUAAACAUGAUUGGUAAAGCAGUGGAAACUACCUAGCACAGGAACAGCAACAACAGGAGAUACAGAAGGAAGGAGGAAUUGGUGAAAAUUCCACCAUCUUCCUCCAAUGUGAGCAGAACGCUGCUGAUUGCAAGUCUUGAUCCAAUUAGUAGUGUAGUUUUGACGUUUCCAUAGGCAGAAUCCUAUGUGCCUUCUUUAAACAGACUUUUUGUAGCAUAAAAAACAAGUCAGGUUAGAAUACUAAUGCACUAAGAAAAAAAUAAGAGAGGUUGGAGCAUCCAGUAACAUCUUCAAAUACUGAAAAUGUAUUUUACAUUGUCACUACUGCUAUUGUACGUGAAGAAGUACCUGUUCGAAUUAUUUUCUCCCCUUCAGCCUUAAGUGUUUAGUUAUAGUGUUUAACUAAACAGCCUUAAGUGUUUAGUUAUAGUUCAUAUACUAUAAGCUACUGAUACAUUUUAACAUGACAAGUUUGACAGUGGAAAUGGCUACUUUUCUCAAAAAUCUUUCUGAACAAAAACUUGCCCAGAUUCAGUGAUCUUUCUAUAGCACAAUCUUACACAUACUUAUGCAGAAGUCAGUCACACUGUAAUGAUACUUACUCUCUAGUAAAUCUGUUUAGGAUUGCAGCUCUACACUUAAUUUUCAGGCAUAUUCAAAACAUGGUUAACAAGAUUAACCUCUGCAUUCAUUGCAAAUUUGUAACGUAAAUACACCCUAACAUAUAUCAGCAAAUAUUUUGCUUGACUUGGCAGUUGUGCAUUUUGUUCCAUGCAUGAAUAAAGCUUGGGAAUAUUAUUAGAAAAGAUAUUUUCUGGAAGACUAAUGCAAUACAAAAACCCAUGAAUGAUAGUUGAAUGUUUUUGUAUUGGACACUCUUGAAGAAACUUUGUUUUUUGUUUGUUUUGAACUUGGGAUUUAAUUUCAUUUUGUGCAUCUCAAAAUAUGGGAGUAAAAAUAUUCUAAAAGAAAUUUGGGAAGGGUUUACGUUAUUGCAUUUUCUAGUGUUAGAAGGUACUAUAAACUUGGUACCUCUUUAAAUUAUCUCUUGUCUGGAAUGUCCCUUCAACCCUGUUUCCCUCCCCUCCUUCCUCAAUUGCUGGGUGUCCCGUCCUAUGCAACCUGUCAGUAGCAUUUUUCAAUUGGAAAACAGUUCUUGACUGCUCUUUUCAAUGAAUAAACUUAAAAGGCGUCCUUUAAACGUAAGCCUACCUUGCCACAUGGGACUCUUCUGUGUGGCUAGGGAAGUGUUUUGUAAUUUGUAAUUUGUUUUGGCUCCGGAAUAGAGGUAGGAGUGGGAGAAGGGAGAGAAGAUGCAAGGGAGAGCAUAUAUAGGCAACUAAUGAGCCAUCAACUCAAUUUCUCUUGUUUCCUUUCUUCUUUUGGAGGGGGCCUGUUACCUUGUCCCUUACUUGCAUUCACCAUCUUACCUUCAACCUUACCUGUUUUCCCUCUUCAGACUGAUACUCCUAUGCCUUCUAGUAUGAUUUGCUUUCUCAACACCACCAUUCUUCUCCCCCUGCUCCCCCAAAUACAUUCCUAAAGCUUCAGUCCUGUGAACACAAUGGGGCUUCCUUCCAAGUAAAUGUGCAUAGGAUUGGGCUAAAUGAGCUAUUUGCACUAAUCCUGGACAGAUUGCUGUAAUACGGCAAGAUAAGUAUGACCUUUCAUAGCAUUGUCUCACAAGGGGGUGGAGAAGCUUGACCACACUGAAUUUAAAUCCCUGCAUCAUUCCCUCAUUUUUUUAAAAAAAGAUGGCUGCAUUGUCAUUUAAGUCCUCAUGUUCAGUAUAAUCCGAGAUUAUUGCAGGAACUUGUCAUUGAUCUGGAAUCACUUUACUAAAAGGGAAACGCAUUUUAGACCUUCCUGCUUGCUUCCCACUGCCAUUGGAAAAAAAAAUGGCAUGCUAAAUUUGUAGCAGGAAAAUUGAUACUACUCAGAUUCCCAGUGGUAGCUGACAUGCAGUGGCAGCUUUCCAACAUGCUUGCUUAUCCAUUUUACAGGUGUAGCAAUGAUGCAAAUAGUCAGCUGCCCGUAUGUAAAGACAGUCGCUACCACCAAGACCGGUAAUUUUUUUAAACCAUCUUAGUCUGUUUUGUCUGUAAGUUGGCAUGGUAGUGAAUGUUGUUGUUUUUACCUUUAUUUGCUUUUCCCAAAUAACUGGAUCUCUUAUCUUUAUUUUCAAAAUACACUUACAAAUACAGAUUUCACAUGUAGUCAGCAAGAGUUUCCCCCAAUUAACUGGCUAUGAGCUUAAUUAGUUUUUUAAAAAAACACUUAUGCAAGUUAGACUACUCUGUUCAUGUGAAUCUCUUCCAUAACCAUAUUUUGUUUUUGCUUUCCAAUGUGGGAUACAGUGUUUGAUUCCCCCUCCUGCUAUUUGUACAGUGAUCAGACUUUGUUUGCAUGUUAGUGUGCUUGUGUAUGUGUAUGUAUGUCUGUGUCUAUGUUUAAACUUACAUGUUAAAGGCUGUUCUAGAUAUAUAUGUUUUCAUGCAAAAAGGAGUUUGUUGUCAGUACCUUACAUAUUCACAAAAAACUAGAGUCAUGCUGCAUUAAACCAUCUGUUAUUUUAACUUUAAAAUCCAAAAAUCAAAGUUGAAAGCAAAAUCCCGGGUUGUAUUGGCACCUAAACAUGUGAUCCUGACUUCUAAGAUUGGGUGCUCCUGACAGUGCUUGAAGGAGCUCAGUAAGUGUGCAGGACUCUCUCCCCUUCCAUGGCACUGGGGAAGCUCGGCUUGCAUGUGUGGGUCUGCUUUGCUGGAUCACAUGACCAUUCAAUAGAGAGAACUAAGAAGAUUUCCUGAUAAUCAUGCUACAUCUGUACUGAAGAAGCUGACUUUAUUGUUUUACUACUCUUUGUUAGUAGUUUACUUUGAAGAGCAGUAAAUCCUUCCCAUUUUCUUUUAAUGCUGAUUAUUAUGAUAGUGUAUGGAAUUAGCAAUAACUUCAUUCUCAACACUUAAAAAAUAGCGCAAAUUCACAAGAUUCAUCAAAUAUUUACUACAUUUUGUGCCAUCCAUGACUGGGUAUACAGGGCAGUAGUGAUUAGGCAAUGUGCAAGUACAGUGUACUAACACAGAACUACAGCUUAGAAGAAAUGUCUCAGCUUCCAGUAUUGAUAGCUUCAGUUUCAUUAAUAAGCCACUGUAUAUGCUGAUUUUAGUUCGAUGCUUUGGAUUCACAAAAUGUUACUUUAUCAGUACUUGCCUUUUUAUUGCUCCUUCUUAUGUAGGUGUCUUGCCAGGAAUGGCUCCUCCUAUUGUACCUAUGAUCCAUCCUCAGGUUGCUAUUGCCGCUUCACCUGCUACAUUGGCUGGAGCAACAGCAGUCUCUGAAUGGACAGAGUACAAAACAGCAGAUGGGAAGACUUACUACUAUAAUAAUAGGACACUGGAAUCAACAUGGGAGAAGCCUCAAGAACUAAAGGAGAAAGGUAUAGUGUUCAGUUUUGGACCAGCUAAUGUUGCGCUUUGCAAAAUUAAAAAGACAAAUUGGCUGAUGAAUGUGUGUGCUUAUUUCUAGCAUUUUUAAACCUGCUGUAUGUUGUAAAGGUAAAGGGACCCCUGACCAUUUGGUCCAGCCGUGGCCGACUCUGGGGUUGCGGCACUCAUCUCGCUUUAUUGGCCGAGGGAGCCGGCGUACAGCUUCCGGGUCAUGUGGCCAGCAUGACUAAGCCGCUUCUGGCGAACCAGAGCAGCGCACGGAAACGCCAUUUACCUUCCCGCUGGAGUGGUACCUAUUUAUCUACUUGCACUUUGAUGUGCUUUCAGACUGCUAGGUUGGCAGGAGCAGGGAACAAGCAACGGGAGCUCACCCCGUCACGGGGAUUCGAACCGCUGACCUUCUGAUCAGCAAGUCCUAGGCUCUGUGGUUUAACCCACAGCGCCACCCGCGUCCCUCGCUGUAUGUCUUACAUACAAUUAAAACAAGAGUCUCUCUGUCUACAGACUCACAAUCUAAAAAACAUGACACAGAAAGAAAAAGCCAUGGUGAGUCAGAAGUUGGGGGAAAGAAAGCUCUUAUAAUGACCAACAUAAAUGGAAACAGUUCAGGGACAGAAGGAGUCCAGUGGAGCUGGUCUUUCAGAAAAGCUGAUGGGAUGAUUCAGUGUCCCAUCUCCACUAGUAUGCUACUUCUUUUACAGUCUUUCCCUUUCUUACUAGCUCACAGUUGAAGUUCAUUGCUUCUCUUGUUGUCUUAAUAUGGCACACUGUUACAAAAAGUUUUGCGUGUGUGACUUUGGGCUCCUGGAUAGCAGACCUCCACCGCCAGGCUGCGGUUUCUCUCAGCUUCCAUUUGUCUAAACUGAGAAAUGCCUAUUUUUUUCCUGGAGCCUACCGCCAGCUGUUUUGAGAGUCUCCAAGUAUUUGCUUUUUAUGGAUUUCGUCUUACAGAUGGAUGAUUGCUAGAAUUCUAUUUAGUAGCUAUCUCCAGGUUGCUUCAUGUUCUCUAUUUAGAUUUUUUAAACCAUUUCUUAUUGGCCUUGGCAUUUCUGUUGCAGUGUGAAAAGGAUAUGACUCUUUGAGAGUCCUUUGUACAGGAUGCCUAGCACUAUAAAUCUGUCACUGAUAAGCUCUUCUUUUUUGCUCCCCAAAUCAUGAAUUUUAAAAAAGGAAUUCCAUUGACUCUCUAGGCUUUGACAUUUCAGGUGGAAAUACUCCACCUCAUAAACUAUAUUACACUUACAAAUAAAAAAAUAACCAAAUCUGCUCUGCAUAGUUAUUUUCAGUACCUAUCUUAUUGUCUUGUCCGUAAUUUGUUUAAAUUGUAUUUUUAAAUUGCUGUAACCUGCCCUGGGAUCUUAAUGAUGAAGGGUGGGUAAGAAAUCAAAUAAAUAAUUAAAUAAAAUUAAUAAUCCUUGGUUUUCCUUAAUAAAGGUGAAGGAUUUAAACAUGAGGGAGCUGAGUCUAAUUUCUCCUAUCUCAUUGUAGCACAAUGUUGCUGUGCAGCAACAAUCAAAUCUUUUCUGCCAGACUGGUUAUUCUGAGGGUCUGUUGAAGCUUUCUGGGCUGGAAAUUGAGCAAUUUUUGUAACACUUAAGGCUUGGGUUUCUGACACCAUCUCAUACUAUUUCAGAGAAGGAGGCAGGCCCCAAAGGAUACCUAACAAAACAGCAACUUUAUUGCUAAGAACAAACUAGAUUAGAAUUGCAGCAUAGAUAACUGUCUUAGUUUGGACAAAGACAUAACAGUAGUCCUGGAGCCAAUAUAAAUCUCCACAUAUCAGUAGCAAGAGAAUACCACUAUAUUAUCUCAUCCUUGUUGUGUAAACAUUCAGAAUUAUUUUCUAAAGUACUUGUGGUAUCUGCUGAUUACAGAAGUGAUUGCCAUCCUUACCAUAGAUAACCAGUGUAAGGCGGUUGCAUAUCCAUGGUAAUUUUGAAAAGACAGAAAGUAUGAAAAUAUAUUUCUUUUGGAAAUAUGAGUAGAAGACUGUAAAUAACAGUUGCUUUAAAUAAAACCAGACUGCCUAGUGAAAACAAAGAGCUGCUUCUUCGAACUCCUUGCAUGUCAAGGACCGUCUCCAGACUACAUACCUGUUCCUUCAGGGGAAAGCAGCUGUGUUGGGAAUAGGUAGAUUGUAUUGAUUUCUGGACUGGAAAACCACCCACAAGGCCUUCAUCUUACCAGGAUUCUGACUCAGUAUUGGCUCUUGUCCAGUCCACCACUGUAUCAAGGCACUGAUUGAGAAAUUGCACAGCACACUAAAGUUGGAUGUAACAGAAAAAUAGAGCUGGGUGUAAUCAGCAUACUGAUGAUACCAUACCCCAAAUCUCCUGAUGACCACUUCUAACAGCUUCAUAUAGGUGUUAAACAGCAUCAUGCAGCACCUAAAAGUGUCUGGGAGCAGAAAUAUAGCCACCCAGUGUCAUUCUGCUAGCUCUGUAAUAAUUUGUAUAAUCACAGAUACAUGUCCAUAGUUGAGAAAAAUUCUGACAAAAAUGAAAACACUAGCAUUCAUAUGUACUUUUCAUUAUGAAUAAUUAUGCUGAUAAGAGCCUUAAGUUUGAAUUUACAGAAAGUGGAAGGUAAAAAAAAAUGCUUUUCCCUAGAAAAAGUAGAAGAGAAGAUGAAAGAAAGCAUUAAGGAGCCUGCUGAAGACCCUUUGCCUAUGGAGACGGAAGAGGAGGAACCCAAAAUUGAACCUAUCAAGGAACUUAUAAAAGAGGUAAAAGACAUGAGAAACCUACAGUUUAAUUUUGCUGUAUUUAAAUACUCUUAUGUUGGUUUGUGAAAACAAAGCUGCAGAUCAAGUAGAAUGAAGUGGAAGAUGCAGUUAAGUAAACUGAAAUAAAAUAGAAAAUGUGCACAUUUUGGUCUGGAUAUUGAGAGCAUAUUGGCAGCUCUCUAAUGUGAAUAGGUUGUUCUUAUAUUUAGGAACUAACUAGAAGCAAUAUUUGAUUUUACAAAUUACUUAGAAAGUAAAGCAUUGUGGAUAGUCUUCAAUGGCUGAAAAACUUGAUUGUAUCCAAUGUUAAUCAUACUUUGCGUCAACCAGUUGAAUAAGCAUGACAACCUAGGUUCAUUUAUUCAAAUGCAUAUUCUGAGUAAAAACAAGCUGAAUACAGUCCACAGUUUUUAAGGCACACAUUCAGUGCCUUAAAUAUUGAAAACUUGAUUUACAUUUAGGAACAUAAACAUCAAAACAAAGUGCUAUUGCAUAGUUUUGAAAGUAGUAAGAUAGCACAAACUCUUGGCAGCUUUUAUAUUACUUUGGAGCAGAUUUUGGGGCACAUGGGGGUGCAGGUGGAAAGGGGCAAAAAGAAACCAGACAUCCCAUUUCACAGAUGGAUUAACCACUGUGCAAAAGCAGGUGGGCAUCUUAGGAUGUUGCCCUUAGUGUGUGUUAAACAUAAAUUGAAUUAAUCAUUAUAGUUCAGAAACUUUUCUUACACAUUGGUUUCACUGAUUUCCAAAUUACUUUUUAUUUCUAAUUGAUUUUAUAUAGUUCCUCCUUAUCCUUCUUGUCAAUUCACUAUAAAUGCAACAGUUGGUUUUAAAUUACCUUUGAUCUCUCACCAGGAACCAAAAGAAGAAGAAAUGACGGAAGAAGAAAAAGCAGCUCAGAAAGCAAAACCUGUCGCUACUACCCCUAUUCCUGGUACUCCAUGGUAAGUAACAUUUUUUCCCCUCAGAUUGAUUAGUGUGAAUAUAUAAUAAAAAAAUUCCUUCCAGUAGCACCUUAGAGACCAACUAAAUUUGUUAUUGGUAUGAGCAUUUUUCGUGCACGCACACGAAAGCUCAUACCAAUAACAAACUUAGUUGGUCUCUAAGGUGCUACUGGAAGGAAUUUUUUUAUUUUGUUUUGACUAAGGCAGACCUACCUGUAACUGUGAAUAUAUAAGUACUACUUUUAAAUCUGCAUUCUAUUCAUAGUGAACAUGUUAUUCAUUGUUUAUUUUUAAUAUAAAAUUAAUGUUAGAUUUACAAUGAUUUAAUCAAUCAAUAACGUUAGCAAUAGGCUUAUAUUAUACAUUUCAUGUUGAAUAAAGAAAAAAUUGGCUUUACAUUAUUUUUGUAUGAGAUUGACCAGCAGUUAGCAGUAAUCGUAAGUCUACUUUGUGUUUAUAAAACAUUCUGGUACAGACAGGUACAAUUAAGUGCUGUUGAUCUUGGCUAUAAUCAUAUGCACAUUUAUCUGGGAAUAAGCCCACUGAAUACAACGUUGCUUAUUUAUGAGUGAGCAUGCUUAGGACAGUGUUGUUUUAUGGAGUUUAAGAGCAUGUGACAAAGGCAUUGGGACCUCUGUAUUUUAUUAACUGAAAGCAUGCUUAUAGGUUAAACAAACUUUGAUAGAGUAUUGAUAAACCAUUGAUUGAUUGUGGCUUUCCUGUAGGUGUGUGGUGUGGACAGGUGAUGAGAGGGUUUUCUUUUACAACCCUACCACACGCCUGUCUAUGUGGGAUAGACCAGAUGACUUAAUUGGAAGAGCAGAUGUGGAUAAAAUUAUUCAGGAGCCUCCACACAAAAAAGGAAUAGAUGAAGUGAAAAAACAAAGUAAGAGUAAAAACAGUAUUCUUCCUAUUUUGUCUUGGUUAUUUUGCAAUUUUGUAUAUACUUACAGGUUCAUUUUUUGUGCUUAUUCAAAGCAAGAGAUAUUUUGUGCUUAUUUAGAAGCAAGAGAGAACUGCAGUGGAAAAAGUUAUUGAUCAAUGCAUGAUUUCUGGGACUCAGUUGUGACUAAAUUAAAUCAUUUUUGAUUGCUAAAAGUAGGCUAAGCAUAUAUUCAGCAUACAUUAUUGAUCAAAUGUUAUUAUUUGUUUAAUUUUAGUUCAUAAAAUUAAUAUACCUAUUGAUUGUGGGGGGAAACCUCAGAGUGGAAUAUUGCAUUCUUUAUUGAGAUUCUAAUGUGUAUCCAUAGACUAACUUUGCAUGUCUUAAUAUUAACAUGAGAUGCAUUCUUUACCUUUAUGUAGACAACAAGCGAAUAUAAGUGGUGUGUUUUUCCCCCUGAACUGUACCUAUAGGGAUGCUAAUAGAGGCCUCUCUUACAGUAAAAGAAGAGCAUGAAAUGCUAGAUGAAACAAAUGAUGAUGAACCUAUUAAAGCAAAGAAGCGGAAGUAAGUUGUGUAUGAAAGCAUAGACUGCAUUAAUUUCUGAGCUUUAAAGUUUUUAAGUCUGAACUGGGGCUCAACUCUUUCAGUGUGGAAAGCUAAGUUUCCCACAUUGCAUAGUGGCUUUUGUAGUCACCAUAUUGAGCGAGAUUGCUUGUCUGCAGUACGCCGAAAGUAUUGUUGUAUGCUCAAUCAUAUUUUUAAAUUAGUUGUUUGGGGGGUAUUGGGCCAAGUUAAAUAGUCUCUGGUUCCACUGUGCAUUGAAUGGAAUCCACCCUGAACAUAUGUUAACAAAGUGAUGUAAAGCUAAAGAUUUAGUUGUAUUUUUUUUUAUGGAGUCUUGUAUGCCUUCACUUUCAUAGGAAGGAGGAAAACAAAGACAUUGAUUCAGAGAAGGAGGCUGCCAUGGAAGCUGAAAUUAAAGCUGCUCGAGAGAGAGCAAUUGUCCCGCUGGAAGCGCGAAUGAAACAGUUCAAGGACAUGCUACUUGAAAGAGGGGUCAGAAACUAUUAUUGUAUUAAGUUCUCUAGAUUGUUGCAGACUAUUUUUUUUUUGGUGACAAUUAUCAUGCAGUAUUGCAUCCCUAAAUCAGAUUGGGAAAAGAAAUAGAACUGGAACAACCUUGGUGUUUCCUGAUUACACUGACAUUUUAGCCCAAAUAAUGGAAAAAGUCUGUUAGUUCCUAUAUUGUUAUUCUUUCACUGACAAGUUAUUCCUGCAUACUGUCAUUAGGAGUGAAGGAUAUUGGUUAUCUGUAUACUAAUAAGAUAUUCCAACUCUGUAUGGUGCUAAUGAUAAGGAUGUCCCAUACUUUGAUAAUUUGUUGUUGUUUGAUUGUUCAGAAGGCACAUGUGCAGAAUAACUGGUCAAAGAUAAAACUAGUGUUCACAUUAAGUAAAUGCCAUUGGGAAACACACACACCUAUUCAUCUGUUGAAGUUCUGCGAUGUAGGAUUGUUGCACACAACUAGUUGGGUGGGUGCGUAAUCUUAAUUUGGGGAGUUGGAUAAAUUGGGCUUCUGUUCAAAUCCUUAUACUACGAUAGUUUCACAUUUGAAGAGUGUGUCUGUUACCUAUGUGUGUGUACUGAAGAUAAAUUCUGGAUUUCAGUAGAAUAUUUUUUUCAUGCAAAAUGAAGCCCACAUCAGUUGUUUUUUUCAGGGGCAGUUUAGGGAAGUGGAGCAUUUUUGGCAACUAUCAUUGCUCUUCCUGGAGCCUUGGUAUGGGUGGGACAGGAGAACGGCACAUAUGUUUGCAAUUGAUUUCAAAAUUCUCUAACGAAUAUCAGCUUUCAGUGUGAUUUUUCCAAUGCAGUUUCCAUGAAAUGUUAUAAGUUUGCCUUGUUAACCUGUCUUUUUAAAAGUGCUCCAGAGACAAUUUCUGUGCAAAACCUUUGGGUUUAUUUGGGGUGGCGGCGGGUGGGGGAGACAUUGGAUCAUUUAGAAAAAGAGCUAUGCAGGCAGCAUAGGAAGUCAGAGUAGAGAACUUCAAGGCUCUCUUUUGAUGUGGCAAUUUUUAAAUGUCACACAGUAGUGGCUAUUUUAAUGAGUAAUUAGAUGUGUGUUAGUUCUGUGUAAUUAUGUAGACGUUUUUGGAGCCAAUUAGUGUGGAAAUUUGUGAUGCUGACCUCCUGGAGCUUGUCAUCUAUUAGUGAUGAAACUGCUGUAAGGGUUUCAGUUAUAGCUCUUCUCUAACAGAUGUCCUGUAGGUUUCAAGCAAAAUAGCACGACUUGCUUGUCUUUGGGUGAAUUUAAUUGCUAGGAAAAUCAGCACUUUUCUCUCUUCCACUCCACCCCUUUCUAUUUUUUUUAAAAAAGGUUUCUGCAUUUUCUACUUGGGAGAAGGAGCUACACAAGAUAGUUUUUGAUCCCCGCUACCUGCUUCUUAACCCUAAAGAAAGAAAACAGGUAAAAUAAAGGCCUACAGGUAAACACAACUGGCCUGAGAAUUCUGUGAUAUCUGGAGUUUCAGAUAACAAAAGUUUAGGGAAGGGUGGGGAAAGGGUAAGGUUCCAAGUAUUUCUUAAGAAAGAGAACUUGACAAUUUCUAUAGGGAAAUGAAAGCUUCAAACUCAAAUGUAUGUUUAGGUACGAAGCCCCACACCCCCAAACCAUAAUUGUCGCAGAGAUUUGUAUAAAAAUAUUAACAGGAGUAUUUGACAAAGAAACCCUGAAUACGUUAUUCAUACCGAAAAUAUUCUUGUGUGAAAUCUUUUACUACAAAGAUGAAAAUAAAUGGGAAAUGUAAAAUUUGCAAAAGGGAACAAUCAGGAUUUAUGUACUCUGUUUUAAUUUCUUCAUCUCCAGAGUGAUUAUUUAGAAGCUGAGACUUGGUAGAACCACCAGGUUCUGAACCAAGGUGGUCAGUUGUAUGUCUCUCAUAUUAAAUCAUGCACAUAUAUUCUCCUAUCCUAACUAGUGAUAGGUGUGGAUACUGUGUCCUCAUGAAUAAAUGAUAAUUUGAUUGCAUUAAUAUUGCCAUAAAACUGUUUCUAGGGUUAUUGAGCAUUCUUAAAUGCUGGCUAUGAGGUAUGAAAGAAGAAAGAGCUGGCUCUUUUCUGAUAGCUUCUCUUAUAUAUUAGCUUCUCUUAGUGAGAAUUACACUUUUUGGCUUUGAUAGAGAAGAGUAUGUCACUGUCUCCGUAUGUAGCAGUAUCUUUGGCAAUACCCUUCUUCACCUCUCCUCCUGGGUGCUUGAGCUGCAGGACCCCCUUGUUCCAUGCCACAUUAUUCAAGAUGGGCUUGAUCCCAGCUUGAGUGAUGACAUAUAGAUCUAUUAAAGGACAUGCCAUUAUCUAAUGAAGACCUCUGUGCAAUUUAAAAAUACAGAAAUUCAUCCUGAUGGAAGGAAGCAGUUCUUAAGCAUCCAACUAUUUUACGUUUGGUACUGUUGCUGCUGUGAUUGUUACUUGGUGCCCUAAAGAACAGUGUUAAAAUUUAUGUUGAAUGGCUUUACAUAAAAGUUUUUAUAGAGAGGAAUAUUUCAGUGAGUCCAAGCUUAGUGAAGUGAUACUCUUGGCGUCAUAUAUGGUAACUUCUCAUAUUACUGCAAAUGAUGCAUCCUAGCCUUUGACUUGUCCUUUGGAGUUCUCUCCACUUACAGGGUGAUAAUGCUCCAAAUGGUAUACUCUGGUGUUUCUGUAGGUAUUUGAUCAGUAUGUGAAAACCAGGGCAGAAGAAGAGCGCAAAGAGAAGAAAAAUAAAAUAAUGCAGGCUAAGGAAGAUUUCAAGAAAAUGAUGGAAGAAGCGAAGAUUAAUCCCAGGUAAGAAUAUUUCCUCCUACAUAAAUAAUUUUAAAGCUUUUUUCAGGUACUGUGUGUACUGCUAGACUUGGUUUUACUUGAAGUUCAGUACUAUCCUCUGCUUGUUUACUGUCAUUUAAUCCAAAUUUUAUGACACUGGCUGUUUCAGGAUAUGAAACAAUCCCAAAUGCUUGGCAAGGUGUGGAAGAUGGAUUUAUUUGCCCUAAAUGUUCACAAGCUAUGUCCUCCAAUCUGUAGGUUUCCUCAUCUUGAUUAGCUGUGAAAACACCAACAUUACUGUAUAGAAUAUAAUAGGGAACUUCUACUCUUUUCCAGCAUUAUGUAAAUAUGAAACAUAUUAGUACCAGAAUUGUUUGUGACUUUGAGUAGUAUUUUUUAAAAGCUGUCUGUUCUACUUAAGCAAACUAUGUAUGCAAAUGGGCCCUAGCUAUGGCAGGCAAGUUUCCAUAAGCUAUUCCAUAGGCAGCAUGGGGGAAAGGACCAGGUGGAUUCUCUCUACUUAGCUUUGUAAUUUUAGGUUGUGAACCACCCUGAGAUCUAAGGAGAAAAGGUGGUAUACAAAUUGAAUAAAUAAUAAUAAUAAUUUUAUAUUAUUUAUUCAUGACCAAAUAGGUUUCCAUAGUUCAGUUACAUUGUAAGCAAGACAUUGCCAAUAUAUUGUUCAACAGUAUGUAGUUAUCAUUUCCUUUUAAAGUAUUUCUUUUUGUGUAAACUAGGUAGGAUUUACAUUGCAUUACAUGUUUGUCUGCUCUAGGUUAAUACUGUGGUUUUAACCACAGUAAAAUGCAGUGAAACACCCAAAUGUUUCUUCAGAAAUUGUGCUACUUUGCUUGAAUUAACUUGAUGUCUACAAAUGGUUACCCUAAACACACUUAUUAGGCAGGGGUGGGCAACCAUUUUUCUGUCAGGGAUUGCAUUCCCCCAGGAGCAAUCGGUUGGAGGCCAUAUGCCAUAUGUGGGCGGGGCCAGGUCCAGUGGUGGUUGAGACUACAUUUUUUCUCUUUCUGAUGCCACCUUUUCUCUCUCUCCUCUUUCCUGCCUGUCCAGCAGACUGUCAGGGAGUGAUGAGUCACUUUUGCCAGCAGUCUGAACUGAUUGCUUGCAAAGAGCUUUUGAAAUUAGGCUGUGGGCCACAUAAAAUAAGGUCAAGGGAUUCAGGUUGCCCAUCUUUGUUGAACAGUACUGAGCUUGAAAAUAAUUGCUUUGUUAGUGUAACCAUUUUCCUUACUUAGCCUUAAUUGUUUCUUACUACUUUUUUGCACCCCAAAGGACACAGAAGUAUAUAUCAUUUAUAUAUUAUGUUUGUCUUCUUUACCCACUGUUAACUAAAACCAAUCUCCAAAGGACCUGCAAGUCUUGUUAACUAAUUUCCCUUUUUUAAUCCAAGGUAACAGUGCCCAUUUGGAAGUUUGCAUUCCUUAAAAAUCAUAUUUGUGCUUUGUGUGCUCAGAAAUCCAUGUCCAGUCUUGCUUUUGCAGCUCACUUUCUUUAGUUUAGGUUUACAUUCACUUCCAGUCAGUUGAAUAAGCUACCCAAUUAUUCUCUUGUUUUAAUUUACCCUACAGCAACAUUAGGCGGGAUUGCCCAAGUCUAAUUAUUUCCAUGCUGAGAUGAAAACAUUCGUAGGAUUAUAAUGUCUCACGUAAACCUGGGGCCAGAUUAGCAUCAGACCUUGGAAAAAGCACAGUAGUGUUUGUUUUUUUCGAGGUAAGUGGCAGUACUAUAUCUACUGCACAUCUGAGAUUUGGAAUCUGGCCCUGGAGGUGAGAGUACUGUUAAUAAUUAAAACUGCAGGGAGAAAGGGUGGGAAACCCUUCAGACACUACUGUCCUUGCUCACAGUAUUAAAAGAAUCUGAAUUUUUGUACCAUGCCAGUUCUAUUUCUGGCAGUGUUGGGUGGCAAAAGAGCAUUGUUAAAUUUACAUUGCAUAAUCAUGAAGUAUCAGGACAGAUUGACCAUGGAAUUUGUCUUCUGCAAGGAUUAUGUUAUAUGUGAAGAACUGCAUUCAGUGUGUGCAAUUUUUAAAAAAAUAGUUUUAGCUGGUUCAUGUCAACUUUCUAAAAAGAAAAAAGACAAACUUUAUGUCUUGGACCUUCAACGGUGGCAAGGAUACCAAUAUAUUGGUGCUUAGUGUAUGUAUUCCAACAGAACCAAAACACAGUUGUGCUUUUGAAUAUAUUUUCCGUCUACGAAAGCCCUGCCAAAUCGGUACACUUGCCAUUUUGUUACAGAACUACUUUUAGUGAAUUUGCAGCCAAGCAUGCUAAAGACUCACGAUUCAAAGCAAUUGAAAAAAUGAAAGACCGGGAAGCCUUGUUUAAUGAGUUUAUCACAGCAGCAAGAAAGAAGGAAAAAGAAGAUUCGAAGACCAGAGGAGAGAAGGUAAGAUUUUUACAUCAAGGAUGUGAAAAUAGCAUAAUGGGAGGACUGGGGAAGGGCCCAUGCUAGUCUUCUAGAUUUGCCCUUCACCCCCUCCCCCAAAUUAUUUUUUCCUUUUGUUUCCCUCCCCUAGUUUAAGCAUUUGUAUCUUAUUUGGAGGUGUGGGGUUGGUCAUUUUACUCUUUUUUUCUUCUAAAUUUGGAAUAAGUUUAAUGUUCUAGAAAAUGUACUAUAAUUUUCUUCUAAAUUCAUAUCUAGGUUUUAAAAUCCUAGAUAUAUAUUUUUUUGGUGGGGGGACAAAUGUCUGACUGGUAAACUCCAAGCAGACCAUUACAUACCCGUUCUGUCAGGGAUGCAAGCAAGGUUUGAGAACUAUUUGUGGGCAAAUUUCAAAAUGCAAACACUUCAGUGGUUUUUUUAAUCUUCCAGUAAAUGUAUCUUAGCAUGACUACUUAUCAGAAUUAAAGGUCGCCUAUGAAAGAUUAAUGAAUUUCAAAUGUCAUUUGUCUGCACUGUCAAUACAAGAGACAAAGUGCACAUCACUGGGGAAGGUGGAUGCUACAAAGUAUCUUCAACAAGCGUUAGCAUCAAAAUAUGCAGCAACUUUCCUCAGUGUCCUAGCAUACACCUUUGAAACCUAAUCAUUUUUGGGAUUUCUGUUUCCUUACAUACUCCUUAAGUGAAGCUAAUAUAAUUUCCUUUCAAUAAGUAGCAUAGAUAGAGGCAAAACUUUCAGGCAAAAGUUACCUGUCGUAUAGGAAUGGAAAACAGCUGAAAUGCAAAAAUCUUAAUAUUGCAAAAAAUGAUAAUCGGAAAAUCCUUUGAGUAGGAUCCAACAUUGUCCGAGUGGACUUUCACCCACGUAUUGGGUAUUUGACUUCCUCACUGCUGCCCUAUUGUGUGAGCAAGCAUUUGUUCCACACUUGCAUUUGAUGGAACCCCUUUGGGAGCUGAAAAUAAAGGCAAGUGACACACAUAAGGCCACUCAUACUAGGCAUGAGAUUCAGCCCAGCAACUACUUAAUGCACUGCUCAGUCUCAUAGGCUGCAGUCCUUUACCCACUUACCUGAUAUUGAGCACCAUUGUACUCAGUGGAACUUCUGAUAGAUAUGUACAGGAUUGUGCCCUUAGAUUCUAUGGUACAUCAACUCUAUAUGCACCAGAAUGAUUAGCUUUCUAGAGGUGAACAUGUAUAACCUAGAACUAGCCUAAAUUGCACUCUACUUGUUUUAAUGUAUAAUCAUGGCUUAAACAUUAUUGUUGCAUCUUAGCCAUUAUCAAAAUGAAUAGUUAAUAAGUAAAUUCUUUUAUGUUGCAUGAGUUACAUCAAACAAGAUUUUGUGUUAAAUAAAUGUGUUUAUCUUUGCAUCUGAAACUAAUUAUUUCUUUUCUCCCAAAGCCUCUUGUAACCAUUUUAUGUAUUCUGUUUUGUAACAAGUGGAUAGAUUUUACAGUUUUGUGCUGUGCGGCCUGUCAAUCAGUUCAGUCUGACAGCUGUCAAUCACUGACACGCAAAGUAUUAUGGGAUUCCCUAGUGAGGAAAGAAUUGGUAUCUCUGUGUGGUGACUUUAGCCUCCCGCAGUUCCGGUACUUUACAUUUUUUUCAGUUUUUUUCCUUGUGAAGUGAUGAGAGUUGUGCCCAGAAUGUGUAAACUGCAAAAAGAGGAGAAAAAUCCUCCUAAAUAAAAGCAAAGUAUUUUCAGCCAUACAUGCUUUUUGGAUUCCACAAGAAACAUAAAAGUUGAUUUAAAAUAUGCUUAAAGUGUUAAGUGAAGCUUUCUCAGCCAGUUCUUCUCUUCCCAAAAAGAGGUUUAAUGGAGGGGCAGAGAAACCUGUGGCCCUCUAGAUUUUGUUGAACUGCAAUUCCUAUCAUUGCUGGCUGAGGGUAAUGGGCGUUGGAGUCAAACAAUAUCUGUAAGGCUUCAGGUUCUCUAUCUUUAAUUUAAUACUAUAAUUUUGUGAUUUCCCACAAACCUUUAAAGUAAGUGAUUUGGGUUUUGUUUGUUUUGGCAUCUUCCAACUCUGUGGUUCACUUGUUUAGUGAAGUUAAAGAGAGAAGAUAGCAAAGUUCCCUUAGGACUAGAAAUAUGACUAAGGAAGAGAUGUAAGGCACAUCAACUAAACUGAGGAUUUUCGUUUUCAGAAGUGUAUUAUAUAGCUCCACUCAGUAAGGUCUAACUAAGCUGAAAGUUGCCAGGUCAGUACCUUAUAACUAAACAAUUCUGCCUCCCUUCCUUUUGACUAGAAAAACUUCAGCGACCCCCCAGCUACCAUGUCCAUGUUUUUUUUAAAAUAAAUAAAUAAAUAAAGCCAGAAUAGAGGGACAGGUACAGUUUCGAUACUGCAUUUAUGGAUUUAGUAUCUAUAAUCUUGGAUUUACGCUUUUCAUUUUUUACUUUGCUUUUCCUGAAGGGUGACAGUUUUCAAGUAAAAUGUGGUGUUCUCACCACCAUAUGAGACCAGAAAACCUGCAUGUUUCCUAAACCCUUGAAUUAUAUUAAAAUAUUAGGAGAAUGGAUUGGCUGGUUUUGGUAGAAAAAUCCAUGGAAGGGUUGCCUUUAGUUGGAAUACUGUAUGCUCCUGCAGCACUAGGUGGUAAGAUCAUGCUGGCUUUCAAGUUGGAAAAAGGAGGGCAGCUGCUGGUUUCUAGAGAGACGGGUGCAUGCUGUGUAGAUGUCAGGCAGGUUUGUUACUGUACCUUCUUUGUGUUGUAAUGUUCUGAAGCCUUCUAAAUGAAUCCCAGUUAAAUUAUGGCUUGAAGAUUAGCUUUGAGUACAGUAGAAAAAUAGCAAUAAUCGAUUAGGUGUGCCUGUACAAUGACCCUUACUUUAAAGAUUUCCACAGAAACACAUUCUGUUUUUAAUUUUGUAAGUGUUGUUUUCAUAUAUCUGGCUUAGAAAGCUUUCUAUUUUGAUACUAGUUGCAUGCUGUGCUUAAGUUCGACUUUGGAAUAACAAAUACCAUUAAAAAAUAGCUAUAAGAUUACUGAAUAUCUUCUUAAAUACUACUCCGAUAGAUCUGCCAUUGGUGGAGAGAAAAAUUGCUCUACACAGUAUUGUGCAGCCUUUUCAUGAUUUUAUUUGCCUUUGGACUUAAAAAAAUUCAUUGUCCUUGCAUAAUACUGUGCCAAGAACCAAACAUAAGUGUUGAGGGAGAUCUACAGACGAUUAGCAUUAUUUUUAUGUAGUAAUUAAUAAUUGAAGGAAGCUAGAAUGCAAGUUUUAAUUGGCUGGUAAGGCAUCAAGGUGCACUGUUAAUCAUACUUAAGUCAUUGGGAUUUGGUGUCCUAUAAUGCAUUAAGACUUGGGGUUGCAGGUAACACCCUUUGCAUGCAUGAUUUGGGUUUGGGGGGUGGGAAUUGAGAUUUAUAAUAUAGCCUGUCUUACAAUGGAAUAAUAUCCGUUCUAGAGCUAAAGUAACUAUGAUCUCUCUAAUCUCAGAAAGAAGCUGUGAAUGCUCUUAGAGCGAUAAACUUGGCCCCUUGGCAAGGCUUAGCCAUUUACAAAGAUAAGAUAACUGGUAAAAGGUUUCUUAAUGGUCAGAGGCCUGAUUACGGGUGUGCAUAAGUUGUUUGUGUGAAGCAUCUUCCCAUGUGAUUGCAGCAAUUGUACUCUUACUAUCUAGCAGCCAUGCAUGGGGCAGAGGUGCUGGUGGCAGUGCUAGAAUAACUGGGAGGGAACGAGGUCAGGAGAGCUCUGGUUGGCAGUGCAUCUGUGGAGCUGCCACCAACUUGGAGUUGCUCCAGCCUUGCCACCUCUCUGUUCAGCACCACCACCUGGAGGACACUCCACUUCUCCCACAUACAUGCAUAAACCACUGUUGAUGCUGUCACAACUCCUGAAAAGGUGGGUUUUCACUGCCACAACAACAUGAGAAGUUGAUUCAUCCAAACAGAUUAUGAUGUGCUACUGUGCCUUGUAGUUACGUGAUUUUACCCGUCCAGGUGACAGUACAUGUGACUCUACCAAAGGCUCUGCAAUGACAUCCCUGUCAUACAUAAAAUUAAGAAAAUUCCAGAAUUUCCAAGGGAAGCCAACAGAAAAAAAUAACUUGGGAGAGAGGGGGAAGGAAGAAGAGAAAAAUAAUGCUUAUGUUUUGCUGCACUUGUUUAUAUGGAAGGGAGAAUUGUUUCAUGAAACAUUUCAUUGUAGACUGAAUUCUACUAUUAUGAUUUAUGCUUGCAUUUAGCCAGAUAACUAUGUUUGGACAACUUCUCACUAUUUUGUAUGAAACUUAAUUGUGCCCUUCAUAACAAGUUUUGAAAUCAUUAUCCAUUGCUAGCUGCUACCAAUGGUGUCCUUGGAACAUUAACGUGCACAUUUUUAUGCUCACAUAUAAAUAUUGAUACUUUAUUCUAUGAUUCUAUUCCUUAAUUCAGUGAGUUGGUACUUAAAAGUGCAAUGAGAAAUCUAAGGGUCUAGCCCACCAAGCAUUGCUUCUGUGAACCAACAAUCUUCAGUGGAUUAUACCAUGGCUAGAAUCCAAAAGUACAGUAUACACACGUGUUCUAGAGCUCUGGACUACUUAUCAAAGCAGGCUCUCGUUAUAAGUGGUGUGGACUUAGACUGCAUGCACACACUUCCUUAAGGUGGAAGGAUUGCACAAAUGAACACAUAAGUCCCACGGUGCACAUCCCUGCCAUGCAUGUAGAAGACAGUUUCAGUAAAUAUGAGGACUAGUCCCAUAUUUACAUUCUGGGUUUCCUGUGCAGUUACUGCAGGAGCAAUACCAGUUGUGUAUAUAAUGCACACUCUUUAAGUGGAAGAGCAGAUUAGAGCUGCUGUAGUAGGAACUUCUCAAGCAAGCCCUAACUAUUGAGAUGGUUCUCUUCGACAUGUGUAAGCACCCUCUUUAGUUAAUGUCCUAAGACUCUCAUGACUGUGCAGUAGCCUUAAAGGAAUUAGUCACAUUGCAUUUUGAAGGCUCCUGUAUUAUGUUUUAAUAUAUAAUCAAAUCUCUCUUUCAAAAUGGCAGUGGAUUAAAUUUAAAGUAUAAUAUUCUAAUGGAAUCAUCUAGUUUUGAAUCUAUUAAAUUAAAAUAGUUUUUGCUGUACGGUGAGUCUGCUUCUUUUUAUUUCUAAAUUACACUGCAAGCAUUCAGAAGUCUAAGUGACUUCUUUUGUUCCCUUUUUCUUCCCUUUGUCUUGUUUUGAAAUAUAGAUCAAAAUGGACUUCUUUGAACUGUUAUCUAAUCACCACUUGGACAGUCAGUCUCGCUGGAGCAAAGUGAAGGACAAAGUAGAGACUGACCCUCGUUACAAAGCUGUGGAUAGCUCUUCACAAAGGGAGGAUCUUUUUAAGCAGUACAUUGAAAAAAUAGCCAAAGUACGUGUGUUACUAAUGAAGCUGCUUCCAUGUUCAUAGUAUUUCAGUGAUGAAGCAAUUGACAAUAGACUUUGAAAUACCCCACACAAGCAUAAAUCAGUUUUCUUAGCAGUGGUAGGAAUUGCCCCAUAGUCUCAGAUUGGGGUUCUUACUUACUUAUUUAUAUUGCCUUAUAAAACACUCUCUUGAGGUGACACAUGAUAUAUAUUAUAUAUAAAAAAGAACAAGAGCACAAUCUGGAAGACCAUCCUAGGGUCCAUAAGAUUCUGCAGUGAUGAUAGAGGGAUUAGGGGAAGUUUUGGACCAAUAGCCACCCUAUUUUCCUAACAAAUUCUUGGAGGCAGGAGAAGGGAGUGAAGUAAGGUGGCCCUGAGGAUGUUUUAGGUAUUCCAAAUGACUUCACUAUGCCCAAUGAAAUGUUGGACUUUCGCCACUCCUUUUUGAAAGUCCUUGGGAUGUUUUGCCAGUACAAGAUCAGAAUCGGCUUGAACUCGUAGAACUAGUCAUGCACUUACUUGAAUCCUAGCCCUGAUUUAUUCUUCACUCAGCGGUUCUGAUUUUGAAGGUAGUCUUAUCACAUCUUUUAGUAUGCAGUGGGUUGGGUUGGUGUCCCUCCACUGAUGAAAGGUUCUUUGAUCCAGCAGAACCUUCCAGCCACAUAACAGAUUUUAAGACGAUGGUUAGGAAUUCUCCCCCCUUUCUCCAUAUGCUGUACAGAAUUAAGGAACCCUUGUAAUAUCAUGGGAGGGGGUGGGGUGCUGCUGAAGAGGAAUUGCUUUGAUUCCACUUCAUUAAUGGAGCGAUACCAGUUGGAUACAACUCAGUGUCUUUCAUUUGUAUAGCCCAUCGGAGCUUUCAUUUGUAUAGCCCAUUUGUAUAGCACAACGGAGCUGUGAUAACUAUAGUUAACAAACAUUCUUAAAAAAUUCAAUUGAAACCUUACACUAGCAGCAGCAGUUUAAUAGAUUUUUAACUAGCUGCAUUAAUUUGCUUUAUCAGUUUUUUUUUUCUUGAGUUCAUUUUGUGUUAAAAUUCGUGGCUAGUCUAAGCAGAAUGUAAUGUGUAUUUUGGCUUCCAUUUCAGAAUGUGGACUCUGAAAAAGAAAAAGAACUGGAAAGACAGGCUCGCAUUGAAGCAAGCUUGCGUGAACGAGAGAGAGAAGUUCAGAAAGCUCGCUCUGAACAGACAAAGGAGAUUGAUAGAGAACGAGAGCAGCACAAACGAGAAGAGGCCAUCCAGAAUUUCAAAGCUCUCCUAUCUGAUAUGGUGAGGUUCCUGUGUGUUGAAAUUAACAAGGUCAGGUAUGCACUUGUGUAUAGAGAACACAUUAAAUUGUUUCCUGUUGAUUUUAGUCCCAUAAGAGACUGAUGUGAGUACAGAUGCCUUGCCUAAAGUCCUGUGAUUUCAGAAGAGCUAAAUUAUCCAUCUUUCCUUUCCCCCUUUUUUUCCAUUGGCCAGUGUAAUAAUUGGGUGGUAUUCAACUAGGUUUUGCUUAGCUACUGAAAGAAAUUAAUGAACAUGACUAGGGCUCCAUCUCCAUUUUACAGUCAUGACCCCCCCCCCAAUUUAAACAGUCAUGGCUUCCUCCCAAAAUUCUGAGAACUGCAGUUUUUAAGGAUGUUGAGAGUCAAUAGGAGACCCCUAGUCCCCUCACAGAGCUACAGUUUCCAGAGUUCCCUGGGAAGACGGUUUGACUGUUAAAUCACUUGCAGAAUUCUGCCAAGAAAUAGCAAAUGGUAGCAAAAGACAGGAAGCAUGAUAAGGAAAGGGAGUGUUGCAUAGCAAAAAACCAAUCCUGCUUCCCUCAAAAUGAAUAAUAAUAACAAAGAGAAUGUGACAUUGAUGGUCUGAAACAUGGAAAAUACAUGGAGAUAUUUUAGACACAAUGAUAUCUUAAUUUCUCUUUGCUUUGAAGUAAUUUGGGGCUGUAUGUAUGUUUGUACAUUUUGUAUAAUGGGGGGUGGGUCACUGUUCCCCCUGUAUCUACAUAGAUAACCAGUCAGUAUUUUUAAAUCAAGGACUCCAGCUCAUUUGUUCAAAGUAAUGUGUGAUAUCCACUGCUAGUUAUACUCAGGGGGAUUCAGUAACUUAAACCCUUCUAUAUUUGAGGCAGUUGCUGAUGACCCAAAUGGGUUGGGUUUUAUUCCUCCUCAUGUGACGGAGGCAGGAGAGCAAACUCUGGGAGGCAGCCACAGUCUCCUCAUUUUUUUCUCUCCUGCCUGAUAGAUCAGAUUGUUUUUUCCUGGCUCUCACUGAUCUUUCUUUAAGCUAAGUUCUUCUACUUUCAAAUACUCUUUUUUACUUUUUACUUUUUUGUGUGUGGGGCUACUCUUGAGUAUAACUUAGUUGGAUAAUGCUCAAUGUUUCCAUGAAACUUGUAGGUAUAAGUAUUGUCUUCAGCACAGCCAAAAUCCAUACUUCUUAUUUGGGGGGGGGGGGCAUCCACAUAGCAAAAGAGACCACCUUGGGAAUAUUUUUACAUUAAUGCAGACAUAUUUCUCCCUCUUUGGUAGAUGUAUUUAUACCAAAGUAAUGAAAAAUUACUUUGACACUUGACACAUAUUUUUAUGACCCGGUCUAGUUGUGACUGUAAUUGGUUUUAAACUGUUUUUAAUGCUGUAUUUUAAUAUUCCUGUAACCCAUCCAGGGACUUUAUAGUGAAGGGCAAGUAAUAAAUGGAGCAAUAACAGUAAUAAUCUUAAUGCAAAUUAACUAAAGUUUUUGAAGUAUAUAUUUUAACAAGCUGUAUAGUGAUUGAAAUUAUUCCUUCCAUUAGGUGCGAUCUUCAGAUGUGUCAUGGUCCGAUACUAGAAGGACACUUCGAAAAGAUCAUCGGUGGGAAUCUGGCUCCCUUCUGGAAAGAGAAGAGAAGGAAAAACUAUUUAACGAACACAUUGAGGCACUUACAAAGAAAAAGAAAGAGCAUUUUCGGCAACUUCUAGAUGAAACUUCAUCAGUAAGCAGAUGCUCUGCAAUUUUUAUUGGGAACUAACAUAGUUUUAUGUGUGUUUUAUAUCUUACUACAAAAUAUUAUUGAGAUUAAAUUGGCAUUUUCUACUGUCGUUUCAUUUUCCACUGACUUCUGCCUAGCAAAUCUUGGAACAAAAUGUGUAUUUGCUGAAUUAAAAAGCAGUCUGUUCAAGCCCACUAUUAUGUUGUGCCCCUGUUUCUAGAUCUGAGCUAUGCUGAGUGGGUGGAGAGAGAUUUGCAAACAUUUAUCUGAUUCCUUUUGACAAAGUCUGAUGGUUGGUAGCAGAUCUCAGAUACAUAUGAAAAUGUUUAUUGGUGGGGCAAGGAAUAGGUUUAAUCCUACAUGAAUAAAUGUUAACAAUUUAGUAGCGGGUGGCGCUGUGGGACGCGGGUGGUGCUGUGGGUAAAACCUCAGCGCCUAGGACUUGCCGAUCGCAUGGUCGGCGGUUCGAAUCCCCGCGGCGGGGUGCGCUCCCGUCGUUCGGUCCCAGCGCCUGCCAACCUAGCAGUUCAAAAGCACCCCCGGGUGCAAGUAGAUAAAUAGGGACCACUUACCAACGAGAAGGUAAACGGCGUUCCGUGUGCUGAGCUGGCUCGCCAGAUGCAGCUUGUCACGCUGGCCACGUGACCCAGAAGUGUCUGCGGACAGCGCUGGCUCCCGGCCUAUAGAGUGAGAUGAGCGCACAACCCUAGAGUCUGGCAAGACUGGCCCGUACGGGCAGGGGUACCUUUACCUUUAUUGAUUUAUAGUCUACUAAGUUAAACAUCUCACUAUUUAAAUGAUUUCAGUUUCUCAACUUAUUUUAUUUUGCAAAUCUUGUUUAAAAGUAGCAUUGAGUUCAGAAGUGAAAACAGUGUAACAAUAGACCAAAACUGUCAGUCAGCACCUUUAUAUCUCCUUCCCCUCACUUAACAUUUGAGCACAAUUAAAGGGCAUCCCACUUCCUGUCUUGUGCAGCAGUAGUAUAGGCUGUUUGUGAGAGAGUGAAUCCUUCCCCCUGGACAUCUGCUGAAUAGAAGGUCUUUUGCUUCUUUGCAGCAGCCUCUUCUACUCUUCUACUUCUCUGAUUAUGGUUAUCACAUGUUAAGUCAGAGACCAUCCUUUGCAAAAAUUGCAGCUUAGUAUUGCAUGUUUGAAUUUCUUACCGCAGCAUGUAAUAUUUCUAUUUUUCUAUUUCAAAAGAUUACCUUAACGUCAACAUGGAAAGAAGUAAAGAAAAUAAUUAAAGAAGAUCCCAGGUGUAUUAAAUUCUCCUCCAGUGACAGGGUAAGAAGCCUUACAGUGGUCAUUCUAGACUACCCAUGUGAUGUUAAAACCAAAAGCAAUUUCCUCCCUCAUAUAUUUUGUUCAGCAGCCCCUAACAGACAUUAGGAGAUCUAUGUUGUGAUGGUGAUGCAAUGUCCAAAUUUGCUUCUUUCUUUUCAUGCAGAAAAAGCAAAGAGAGUUUGAAGAGUACAUCAGAGACAAAUAUAUUACAGCCAAAGCGGAUUUCAGAACGCUUUUGAAAGAGACCAAAUUUAUAACAUACAGGUGUGUAUUCAAAAGCAACACAGAGAUGGUUCUUCAAAUUUUUAAUAUUUAUGUCGAAUAUCUGGUUAGCUUUAGCAGUUUUUUAAACAGGAAAAAAAUGGAUUGCCAUCAGUUCUUUCCAUGAAUUUUUCAUGGAUUUGGAUUUCUGGGAUGAUGCUGUUCAAAUUGAGUAUCUGUGCCAAGCUAAUUUUUAUGUACACAAAUAUUUAGAGAUGUAUGUUUUAUAAAAUACGUGGCCUGCUCUAGAAAACCCUAGUUCUGAAUUCUUACUUAGCAGUGUGAACAGAUUGGAUUGGAUACAGAGCUGUUCUUCCACUCCCAUAAAGGUGUUUCUGACCUAGCAGAAGAGUGUUGCAUGAAGAAAGUUGCCCCAAGUCCAGAAGAGUACCUCUCGUUUUGUGCAAGCUCUUCCUCAAAACCAUUUUGUGAUCCACAAUGUUUAUAUACUACAACCUGUAUUAUCAUCAUUCACUAUUUCUUACAGUGUAGCACAACUCCUUCUACAUUGUGCUGCUGCAUUAUGAAGAGUUGCUGAGCUCAGUUAGCCUCUGCCAACCUGGUGUCUUCCAGAUGUUUAGGACUACUGCUCUCAUCAGCCCCAGCCAACAGCCAUGCUCGCAGCAUCCUACCAGCACGUUGGCUGGAGCUGCGACAAGUUGUCAUCCAAAUCAUUUGGAGGGUAUCAGGUUGGCAAAGGCUACUCUAGCCCCUGUGGGAGAGCUGAUGAGAAAGCACUCUUUCUGCUCCAAGCCACUGAUUGUUUAGUUAACAGCAGUCCCUACCCAUGGAUAAUUCUAUCCAUUUACUAAGGAUAAUUUGACCCCAAUAGGUUGUGUACUUUUCUUUUUAGUUAGUCCUUUUGCAGAGUAUCUAUUUAACAAUUUACGUUGUUUAUAUACCACCUGUAUGCUAAAGUGUUCAGUGCAGUUUCAGAAACGUUAACUAACAAAAUAGCAGAUUUGCCUUCAAGCUGUUAGUGAUCUCUGCUGAUCUCUACUUGAGGAGCUUAGCUUUGUAGGCUGGAAUUCUCUUAUUCCUUUCCUUCUUGGUUCUUUAAGUAGCCCCAGGAAGAUGAAGAAAGGACUGGCAACAACAGUUCUUGUAGGCCAGUGGUGCUUUAUUCAAAAACUGAUGGCCUGAGCUCCCCACUCAGGCUUAUUCUCUUAUACUUGAUUAUUGCUAUUGUUGUCAUUGAAAUAAAGCACUGUCUUAAAUGAAUGUAAAUAAUCAUAUUUAUCUUCGGUUGGUCUGGAGUACAACUGGGAUAUUGGCAUCCAUUUUCUACAGGUGUUCUUCAACUGCAGUGUUUAAUUUGAAAUGUGCUCAUUUUUCUUAUUUUACAUUUUUAUAGUUUAAUUAGUGCUGAUUUUAAAAGGUACUGGCAGCCCUUGAGACUGAAGUCUUCUGUUUACCUGCAGAACAGAUACAGCACAGGCAGUGGCAGUGCAAGAUUUUUUACAUUCACACAUCCCUGCCAUUUUGCCUCACCCCUGACCUGAAGGGGCAACCUUAUAGGUGAGAGGAUAGCCCAGUCUCUGUGUCCUUUUGAGCAUUUGGCCUACCUGAUUGCAAUGUCAAGAGAGAUUUAUUUUGGUGGGUGGAAUUGUUACUGGGACACCUGUCCACUAGUAUCUUCACCAAGAUUCCAGUUCAUUUCUGCGGUGCACCCAGCCAUCCAAUGGUAAUGAUGACCCUUACACUUAAUUGCAGAUCCAAAAAGCUGAUCCAGGAAUCUGACCAGCACCUGAAGGAUAUCGAAAAGAUAUUACAGAAUGACAAACGUUAUCUGGUACUUGACUGUGUGCCGGAGGAGAGACGCAAACUCAUUGUGUCCUAUGUAGAUGACUUAGAUCGCAGAGGUCCCCCGCCUCCUCCCACAGCUUCAGAGCCUACAAGACGAACAACAAAAUAAUUGUGACAUACUCUUGAACAAGAAUAUCUGUUAAGUCAAGAAGAUUGCAUGAGCCAUCUGUCAGGUUUAAUCGUAUACAUUACCAUGAACCUAUUGCAAAAACCAUCCAAGGAGCAGAGAGAAAAGCAACAUUUGUGAACAUAAAGCAGUCUCUAUGCAGAGAGAACAUUUGCAUUAUCGAUGCUUUUUCUCUUUGUUGCAUGACUGACAAAUAUUCUAACCAUGCAGCUAUUUCCAGUGAUUUUUAGGUCCUAGAACAAUGCGAUAUCUUUGUACAAGGUGUGAAUGUUGGUAGCAUUUUGAAGCGUUCUUGGCAGCGUUACAUGUGAAAGCCUUGGGAUGAUUGAUAUUUGUGGUUUGAAGUUAAGAACGGCAAAAGAUACCGCAGAUAUCCUAAUGGGAGAGCCAAGGUCAGGCAUUCUUAUGAUUAAACUAUUGACUGCUGAAGACCGCAGUAAGAUUAUGCCCCUUCAUGAACCUGAAAAUAUAGGGCCUAAUUCUCUACUCAUGCAUGGCCUUUCCUGUAUAUAAAUCAGGACUAACCCCAUUAACGUCAGAUCCAGCAUGAGAGGAGAAUGAGCCUUGCAGUGACCAAAUUGAAUAAACACCAUUUGAUCUUGUUCACAGGCCUGCUUUGAUUCCCCCCUCUCCUUGUCCUCCCCAGUAGGCACAAUCAAGUUGCUUUGCCCAGUAGUCUGGUAAUGUUUUUGCUGUAAAUUGGAAAUGCACAGGAAAAAGUGUGUUCCCCAGGAUAGCACGGUUGUACAAAUACACUUUUAUUUACCAUAAAGUGAUCUCUACCAACUUCUGGAUUAGAAUAUGAAGUUCCCUUCUGGGUAUUUCUUGUAAACUAUAUUCCUGUUUUGAAUGUUAAACUUGUGUUUCUAAAGUUUAAUUUUGAAAUGUUGGGAUUGUUCAGUUUACGUAUUUGAACGACAAUAAACCAACCCUUUUUAUAUAUGGAUUGUACAUGCUUAGUAAAUGGCUCAUUACCUUUGGGCAGAGUGGAGGAGGGAGAAUCUGAAGCAAAGGAAAUACCAUAUCCAUAGCUCUAGCAGGGUAUAAGAUGGUGGCACAUUUUUCUAUUCCCUCUUCCCCUUUUUAGAUAGGUAGGUGCUUUUUUUCUUAUUUCAUUUCCAGGUUUUCUUGCGCAGUGGGAAGGAAAGUAAGUAUAUUAGUUCCAAGGCUGGCAUAAUUUGAUGGCAGAUGUUGCCACACCCACAGUGGGAAGACUUAUGAGGGCUAACAUUCCUGGACUUCCACAGCAAUCAUAGGAUCACAUCCUGUUUAUUUGAUGAGUCAGGCAAUAUGGAAAUCAUACAAAUAGGCAUGGGAUUAUUUUUUUUGAAAAAUCACCUACAUGUUUAAAGUAGUCAAAAUGCCAGAGCAUGGGCAUCAUAAUAGGGGGGGGUGUCAUUUUUUACUUUUUGAGGGAUUAUAUCAAAGGAUAGUGCUUGCUAAGGGUUUGUAGUGGAUUCAGAGGAUUCCCAAGCUAAUGUAAAUUGCUUUAGAGGGAUUCUGGGCUUGUCCAAGGUGAAGCAGUAUGUAUGAGAUGCCUCAAGACAAGAAUCCCACCCCCAAAGUUUGGUGAUUUGAACGCCCAACAAAUGCUGUAGAGAACAUGUCUCUAAAGCUUACCUUAAAACAAAAAUGGCAGGGUGGUUUGAGAAAAAGGUAAAGCACCAAGAGAAAUGGGGAAGCUCUUGUGAUUGACAGGUCUAGCUUGAAAUCAGAGGGAAUGAUUACUGUCCAGCUAGAUUUGACUGUCCAAUUCCAGUGCUUUUGGGGGAGGGGUGUGG